AUGCUUUUCAAAAAGAAAAGUAAAAACUUCAAUGAAUCUGCCCCAACUACUCAAACUAUGAAAAAAUCAAGAAGUGCAAGAAACUUAAUCAAUAAAUUAACUAACAAUAAUUCAACUUCUCCUUCAUCAACGACAUUAAAAAUUUCAACUCCCAUAACUCCACCAAUUUCAAAUCAUUGGCCAUCACCCAUUCCUACAUCAUCAAGUACAAAUAAUAAUUUAAUCAAUUUAACACCGAUCAUUAAUUAUCCAACUCGACAAAAAGAAAGCAACGAAACCGAAAAAUUACAAACAACUACCCCAUUACAUCAAUUAACUUUAUUAGAACAAAAUCCACAAUAUAAAUUAUCACCAUCAACGGUAGCUGAAUUUGAAAAUGAAUCAUUAAUAGAAGUAUAUUCACCAAGAAAAGAAAUUAAUAUAAACGAACAAAAAAGAUUAGAAUCAGCUUGUGCUCAAUUAGAUGCAGUAAAUUUAAUAGAAGAAGUAGAUGUAACCAUUGAAAAAGUAGAACCACGCAAUAUCUCAUCAGAGGAAUUAAACAAGGAAAAAUUUUUAAGUGGGAAUUUCUCAACUUCAACAUCACAACAAAAUUCUCCAAAUAAAGAAUCAGAUAAUUCAAAAUUUUCAUUAACUGAGACAAAUAUUCAAAUAUAUAAAAGAUCACAUAAUAAAAAGAACAAUAAUAUAGCAUCAUCAAAAAGUAGUUUACAUUUAAUCAAUAACAAACAAUUUGAAUCACCUACCAAGACUCAGAAAUCAUCACAUUUAUCAACAUCAUCAUCUAUUAAAGCUGGACUUAUAGAUACUAAUAAAGAUUAUGAUCAAAUUUCAAAAUUAUAUGAAUUAGAAAUUUUGUUAUUAAAAGAAAAACAUCAUUAUGAAAUAAAACAAUUACGAAGAGAAAUUAAACAAUUGAAAAAAAAUCAAAAAUCUACCACUGCAACAGAUAAGAUUUUAUUACCACCAUUUAAUCCCAACUUACAUAAUAAAGAAGAUGAAGGUAAUGAUUCUGAAUCACUAAAUUCUGUUGACGAUUCAAUAAUGAGUUUAUAUCAUGAUAGAAAAAUUUCUGAGUCUUCAACUAUUGCAUCGGCUACUCCAAAUACCAAAUAA